AUGUCUGGCCGUAUCAAACCGCGGCAACGAAAGGCUCUUGAACGGGGCCGAACUCCCCUUCCAGACGCGCCGGGCUAUCGUCCAUGGCUGAGGAAGGAUACUGAUCUCGACCCAUCGGAGGCUGAUAAGUCUAACAAGGGGUCCAGCAGUGGGUCUCAAACGGGAUCAGACGUGAGCUCUAAGGUCGAGGUCGGUGGUUCCCUCAAAUCCUCUUAUCAAAAGCUCAUCUAA